AUGGAACCAUUCAUUCAAGAAGACUUAUCACUUCAAGCAAGUUUCUUACACGGCAUAAAUAGUCCAAAAAUAAACAUAUUUAGAAUGAAACAUCCAAAUUUUGCAGGAUUAUCAGUUGUUACUCGUUGGUUAACACCAUUACACAGCUCUAUGCUUCGUUUAGGCAAAGCAUCCAUGAAAAUGGGCUUGUUGGCGCCAGCCCUAUUCGAAAUGAUUGCUUAUUUACUAGCAAUGUACGUAUUAUCAAAAGAUUUUAAGAUACCAGAAUACAUUGCGAUCAUUGUUCCAUUCAUAGCCUUAAAUGUUGGUGGAUUUGGCUUUUUCGGAUUCUUAAUUAAUGCAACACGAACAAAUCGUUUCGCAGAUUACGUUACAGACAUGUACAUGGGUCAUCCAUCACGUUUUCAUCCAUUACUCAACAUAUACUUAGCAAGUCCAGGAACAGUAUUCGCUCUUUCGAUACUUUCACCAUUAUAUGUGAUAAUUUUCAAAAUUGCGAACAAAGCAAUCAAAUUAGACAAAAUUUCAUCACUAUUUAUUGGGUUUAUACCAGGUUUGUUAUUACCACCAUCUCAGCAUCAAGCAUAUUUCGGAUUUGCAACUUAUUUUGCAAUUUUUGUUUUACUUUACUUAUUUGAAGGAAAAGGCAGCUUUAGUUUUCCAUUGAUGGCAAUAGGAUUCUGUGCAGGCACUGCAUUUCACAUUCCACGCAUGUUAACUCCGACAUUUUUAUCUAAUUUGUUUGGUAUUGAAUCUCCAUGGGCCAUGCUUUACAAGAGAGGUGUUUUGUUCCCAGCAGUUGAUUUCUGGAUGGGUAUGUAUGGAACAUUCCAAGUAAUAUUGCUUUGCGGUUUCUUUUUGUUAAGAAAAAGUGAACGUUUAUUAUUUUUGCCGUCUGUUGUUUGUUUCUUCAUUUUUACAUUUUUGAAACUUGUUCCUUUCUGUGAGUAUACAUCAGUCACUGUAUUUUGUGUUUUCAUGAUUAUUUCUGGUGUUGUUUAUGCAGCAAUUUGGUAUCGAUUUUCUUUGCUUCCUAAAACAUUGGAAUCAAAAGGAGUUGUUGCGAUGCUUGCUGUUAUCAUGACAGUUAUCACAUGUUUGUCCAGUGUUAUUGGCGCACAGAAACAGUGGACAAACUUGAGUCCUAGUUGGUACGAUGUCGAUGAAACAUUGACAACAUGGGCGAUGAAGAAAACACCAAGAAACAGUGUUUUUCUUGCACCGAGGAGUGACAUACAGGCAAUUUCAGUCAUCGCAGGAAGACAAGUAUUCAUGAGCAGCAUCAGAUCAAUGAGACACACUGGUGUAGACAAAGAAAAGAGAGAGAGUGAACUUAAGGAAAUAAUCGCAAACAAUUGCACAGGACUUGAAAAACUUGUUGAUUACAUAAUUCGAGGAAAUUCUGUUGUUAAUGAUUUGGCCAAAGAAGUUCUUCCAGAUUCAUGGAGUGAAGUCUAUUCAAACCGCGAAUAUACUGUUUAUCAAUAUAAAAAAUAA